AACUGAAGUUAUGGAAUUAUAGUCCUCGUUUGAUAAAACUUUGCUAAAUUUUAUCCAACUUUUCAACUAGUCCUUCAUUUUUACUAUACAUUUCAUGGGACCUACAACUUUUACUAACUUUUUAAUUACGCAUUUCAUCUUAUCAAAAUCCACUAAUACUUUUGUUGAAAACCUUUUGAAACAUCCCUCGGUAUAAAGUAAUGCAAAUUUUUUAGUGCAUGAUGUUGAUGUGCUGAUUGUUUAUUUGCUAUACAGUUUUGACCGCAAUGCUCUGGAAUUAUUAGAGAAAAUGCUGGCCCUCGAUCCAUCUCAGAGAAUAUCUGCGAAGGAUGCUUUAGAUGCUGAAUAUUUCUGGGCUGAUCCCUUGCCUUGCGAUCCGAAAAGUUUGCCCAAGUAUGAAUCCUCACACGAGUUUCAAACAAAGAAGAAAAGACAGCAACAGCGGCAAAAUGAAGAAAUAGCGAAAAGACAGAAGUUGCAGCAUCCACAGCAGCAUUCUCGCUUGCCUCCUAUCCAACAAUCUGUGCAACCUCAUCCUCAACAUUGGACGGGACCUAAUCAUCCAAUGAACAACUUGCAACCUUCACUGCCUACGGGUCUUAGUCAUCAUCAGUAUGGAAAGCCUCAUGGUCCACCUGGAGGGCCUAAUAGAUACCCUCCAAGUGGGAACCCGGGUGGGUAUUAUCAAGAUCGUGGGGGACAAACUGGGGGUUAUAAUAGUGGACAGUAUCCACCUCAGGGUCGAGGAGCACCAUAUCCAGGUGCUUCAAAUGGUCCACGAGGAGCUGCUGGUGGAUAUGGAGCUCCAAAUUAUCCCCCGAGUGGUCAAUAUGGAGCUGGUGGCCGUGGCCCGAAUCCUGUGGGCAGUAACCGGAACCAGCAGUAUGGAUGGCCGCAACAGUAACUCGAGAUUCUAAAUUGUAAGUGGCUGCUCAAAGCGAGACGUAGAGUAGGAAGAACCAGCUCACCUUCAAUGCAGGUAAAGAAGUUCUGCAAAUGUUCGGUUACCAAAUUAGGAACUUGUUACUAGACAUGUAUAGCUGUGUUUUUGUUGUCUCAUUGUUUGAUGAAGUUCAUCAAAAUGAGGACUCUUUUCUCUGUGAGGAAUACAAAUUUUUGAUGCUCGGGCUUUUACAGACUCGUUCUUCAUUUGAAAAAAUAGUGAAAAAACGUGUUCUUAGAUAGUAAUCCAAGUGAAUACCAUGGCUUACAAGCUGAUAUUCCCUCUUAAUGGUCAAAAUACCUCCGACUUUAUGAUA